CGUACUGAGCUACGCGGCGGGCGUCGCCUGGUUCCUGGCGCUGGCGUUCCCGCCGCUGACCCAGCGCACCUACAUGUCGGAGAACGCCAUGGGCUCCACCAUGGUGGAGGAGCAGUUUGCGGGCGGGGACCGCGCCCGGGCCUUCGCGCGCGACUUCGCAGCCCAGCGCAGGAAGUCGGGGGCUCUGCCGGUGGCCUGGCUGGAGCGGACGAUGCGCUCCGUGGGGCUGGAGGUCUACACGCAGAGUUUCUCCCGGAAGCUGCCCUUCCCGGACGAGACCCACGAGCGCUAUAUGGUGUCGGGAACCAACGUGUACGGCAUCCUGCGAGCCCCCCGUGCUGCCAGCACCGAGGCCCUGGUCCUCACCGUGUCCUGUGGCUCCGACUCCACCAACAGCCAGGCGGUGGGGCUGCUGCUGGCGCUCGCUGCCCAUUUCCGGGGUCAGAUCUACUGGGCCAAAGAUAUCAUCUUCCUGGUGACAGAGCACGACCUCCUGGGCACUGAGGCUUGGCUUGAAGCCUACCACGAUGUCAAUGUCACUGGCAUGCAGUCGUCCUCCCUGCAGGGCCGGGCUGGGGCCAUCCAGGCUGCUGUGGCCCUGGAGCUAAGCAGUGACGUGGUCACCAGCCUUGACGUGGUAGUAGAGGGGCUGAAUGGGCAGCUGCCCAACCUCGACCUGCUCAACCUUUUCCAGACCUUUUGUCAGAAAGGGGGGCUGCUGUGCACGCUGCAGGGCAAGCUGCAGCCUCAGGACUGGACGUCGCUGGAUGGGCCACUGCAGGGUCUGCAGACACUGCUGCUCAUGGUGCUGCGGCAGGCCUCCGGCCGCCCCCACGGCCCCCAUGGCCUCUUCCUGCGCUACCGGGUGGAAGCCCUCACUCUCCGUGGCAUUAAUAGCUUCCGCCAGUACAAGUAUGACCUGGUGGCCGUGGGCAAGGCACUGGAGGGCAUGUUCCGCAAGCUGAACCACCUCCUGGAGCGCCUGCACCAGUCCUUCUUCCUCUACCUGCUGCCCGCCCUCUCCCACUUCGUCUCCAUCGGCCUCUACAUGCCCGCUGCUGGCUUCUUGCUCCUUGUCCUCGGUCUCAAGGCUCUGGAGCUGUGGAUGAAGCUGCAUGAGGCUGGAGUCAGCCCUGAGGAGGCCACAGUGGGUUCUGGACCUGGCUCCCUCCUGCCCCCAGCACAGGGUGUGGGGCUGGCCUCGCUCGUGGCUCCCCUGCUGAUCUCACAGGCCGUGGGCCUGGCUCUCUACGUCCUUCCUGUGAUGGGCCAGCACGUGGCCACCCAGCACUUCCCAGUGGCCGAGGCUGAGGCCGUGGUGCUGACACUGCUGGCCAUCUAUGUGGCCGGCCUAGCCCUUCCACACAGCACUCACCGGGUGGUGAGUGUGCAGGCCCCAGACAGGGGUUGGAUGGCGCUAAAGCUGGUAGCCCUGAUCUACCUGGCACUACAGCUGGGCUGCAUUGCCCUCACUAACUUCUCACUGGGCUUCCUACUGGCCGCAACCAUGGUCCCUGCCGCCGCGCUCACUGAGCCCCGUGGACCCCGGCCGCUCUAUGCUGCCUUCCUGGUGCUGACGAGCCCUGCGGUCACGCUCCUGGGCAGCCUAUUUCUGUGGCGGGAGCUGCAGGAGGCACCACUGUCGCUGGCCGAGGGCUGGCAGCUCUUCCUGGCGGCACUGGCCCAGGGCGUGCUGGAGCACUACACCUACGGCGCCCUGCUCUUCCCGCUGCUGGCCCUCGGCCUCUACCCCUGCUGGCUGCUCUUCUGGAAUGUGCUCUUCUGGAAGUGAGGCUGGGGCUGCAGGCUAGGCUGGCAGGAACCUCAGGAACCCUGUCCUGCCCCUUCUGGGAAAUAAACAAGUGUCUGUCUCAGCUGUU